GGCCGGCUCGCAGCUUAGGCGUCCGCCGCGCUCUCGCCCCAGCUCUCCUGAGGGGGCCGUACAAUCCUCGGCAGUGUCCUGAGACUGUAUGGUCAUCUCAGCGGCAGCGCCCGCCCGGAUCCAGACUCUUCCAACUCCCGUCGUUCGAGCCACUUUACCCAGACAAGUGACUCCUUUUCGAGGGAUAAAGGAACUUCGAUCUUCUCGCUGCCUUCUUUCUGCGUUUGACAGCCUCCUCCUACUCCUUUCCCCGACCCCGCCUCCUCGUGCAGGUUCCUCCCGGUCACCUUUCUCCACCCCCCUCCCCGGCACCUAGCCAGCCGCCCACAAACUUCCACCUGACUGUGCGGGGCGCUCGGGACCUGCGAGCACUUAGGACCUGUAACACCGGCCCGGGCCGCAGGGAGUGGGCGAGGGCCACAGCGAAGGCAGCGGCUGCAGCCCCCACCGGCCGUGGAGCCCAGGUGCUUGGCGUCGCAAAGGGCCACAGCGACAAUGACAGCUGACAAGGAGAAGAAAAGGAGUAGCUCGGAGAGGAGGAAGGAGAAGUCCCGAGAUGCUGCAAGGUGCCGGCGCAGCAAGGAGACGGAGGUCUUCUACGAGCUGGCCCACGAGCUGCCCCUGCCUCACAGCGUGAGCUCCCACCUGGACAAGGCCUCUAUCAUGCGGCUGGCUAUCAGCUUCCUGCGAACACACAAACUCCUGUCCUCAGUUUGCUCUGAAAAUGAGUCUGAAGCUGAGGCUGACCAACAGAUGGACAACUUGUACCUGAAAGCCUUGGAGGGUUUCAUUGCCGUGGUGACCCAAGAUGGCGACAUGAUCUUUCUGUCAGAAAACAUCAGCAAGUUCAUGGGACUCACACAGGUGGAGCUAACAGGACACAGUAUCUUUGACUUCACUCAUCCCUGUGACCAUGAGGAGAUCCGUGAGAACCUGAGUCUCAAAAAUGGCUCCGGUUUUGGGAAGAAAAGCAAAGACAUGUCCACAGAGCGGGACUUCUUCAUGAGGAUGAAGUGCACGGUCACCAACAGAGGCCGAACCGUCAACCUCAAAUCAGCUACCUGGAAGGUCUUACACUGCACUGGCCAGGUGAAGGUCUACAACAACUGCCCCCCUCAUAAUAGUCUCUGCGGCUACAAGGAGCCCCUGCUCUCCUGCCUCAUCAUCAUGUGUGAGCCCAUCCAGCACCCGUCCCACAUGGACAUCCCGCUGGACAGCAAGACCUUCCUGAGCCGCCACAGCAUGGACAUGAAGUUCACCUACUGCGACGACAGAAUCACAGAACUGGUUGGUUACCACCCUGAAGAGCUGCUUGGCCGCUCAGCCUAUGAGUUCUACCAUGCACUGGACUCAGAGAGCAUGACCAAAAGUCACCAGAACCUGUGCACCAAGGGUCAGGUGGUGAGCGGCCAGUACCGGAUGCUUGCGAAGCAUGGGGGCUAUGUGUGGCUGGAGACCCAGGGGACGGUCAUCUACAACCCUCGCAACUUGCAGCCUCAGUGCAUUAUGUGUGUGAACUACGUCUUGAGUGAGAUUGAGAAGAACGACGUGGUGUUCUCCAUGGACCAGACAGAAUCCCUCUUCAAGCCCCACCUGAUGGCCAUGAACAGCGUCUUUGACAACAGUGGCAACGUGGCUGCGUCUGAGAAGAGUAACUUCCUGUUUGCCAAGCUGAAGGAGGAGCCCGAGGAGCUGGCCCAGCUGGCCCCCACUGCGGGAGAUGCCAUCAUUUCUCUGGAUUUCGGGAGCCAGAACUUGGAGGAGUCCUCAGCCUAUGGCAAGGCCAUCCUGCCCCCAAGCCAGCCGUGGGCCGAAGAGUUGAGGAGCCACAGUGGCCAGAGCGAGGCCAGGAGCCUGCCUGCUUUCACCGUGCCCCAGGUGGCUGCCACAGGGAGCACCACUCCCAGUGCCACCAGCAGCAGCAGCUGCUCCACGCCCAGCAGCCCUGGAGACUAUUACACGUCUCUGAAUGAUGAUCUGAAGAUUGAAGCAAUCGAGAAGCUCUUUGCCAUGGAUACAGAGGCAAAGGACCAGUGCAGCACCCAGACGGAUUUCAAUGAGCUGGACUUGGAGACACUGGCACCCUACAUCCCCAUGGACGGUGAAGACUUCCAGCUCAGUCCCAUCUGCCCGGAGGAGAGGCUCUUGCCGGAGAACCCCCAGUCCAUCCCCCAGCACUGCUUCAGUACCAUGACGAACAUCUUCCAGCCACUGGCCCCUACGGCCCCUCCCAGACCCUUUCUCCUGGACAAGUAUCAGCAGCAGCUGGAAGGCAAGAAGAUAGAGCCCGAGCACCGGCCCAUGUCCUCCAUCUUCUUUGAUGGUGGGAGCAAGGCAUCCCUGCCACUAUGUUGUGGCCAGGCCAGCACCCCUCUCUCCUCUAUGGGAGGCAGAUCUAACACACAGUGGCCCCCUGAUCCGCCAUUACAUUUUGGGCCCACGAAGUGGCCUGUUGGGGAUCAGCACACUGAAUCCUUGGGGGCAUCACCAUUGGGGCCCCCCGUCACCUCGCCCCAUCUCUCCAUGUUCAAGAAAAGGUCUGUAAAGGGCUUUGGGCCUCGGGGCCCAGAUGUGAUGAGCCCAGCCAUGGUAGCCCUCUCCAACAAGCUGAAGCUAAAGCGACAGCUGGAGUACGAGGAGCAAGCCUUCCAGGACAUGAGUGGGGCGGAUCCACCAGGCAGCAGCACCUCACAUUUGAUGUGGAAAAGGAUGAAGAGCCUUAGGGGCAGCGGGGACUGUCCUUUGAUGCCUGACAAGCCACUGAGUGCAAACGUCCCCAAUGACGAGUUCACUCAAAAUCCGUUGAGGGGACUGGGCCAGCCCUUGAGACACCUGCCCCCACCACAGCUGCCAUCUGCCGUGAGCCCCAGGGAGAACACCAAAAGUGGGUUCCCCACGCAGUGUUAUGCCCCCCAGUACCGGGACUACAGCCUGCCCUCGGCUCACAAGUUGUCAGGUAUGGCAAGCCGGCUGCUUGGGCCCUCGUUUGAGCCUUACCUGCUGCCCGAAUUGACCAGAUAUGACUGUGAGGUGAACGUUCCUGUGCCAGGAAGCUCUACGCUCCUGCAAGGAGGGGACCUCCUCAGAGCCCUGGACCAGGCCACCUGAGCCAGGACCUUCCACCUGGGCAGGCACCCCUGCCACCACCGUCCCGCCAGCUCCACUCCCUACGUCUGUUUUUACAACUAGGUAUUUCUAACACCAACACACUUUUUACAGGAUGUACUUACCUGGCAGACUUGUCCAGGUCACCAAGUAGUGGCCUUUUUCUGAAGAUGCUCACUUUAUCAUCUAUAUUUUAAAAAUACGACAGUUGUUUUACCUGCUACAUUUUGCUCUGUCAAUGAAAAUGUUCUUAAAUUUUAUAAGAUUUUUUUCCCUCAACCUCAAUUACUUCUAAUUUAUAUUAUUCAUAGGUCUCUUUCUCUCUCUUUCUCUGACACACACACACAACGUCCAUACUAACAAGUCUGGUGUAUGUUUGUUCUUUUGUAGAGAAAACUUUGGCUUCAUUUAACUAAAAACAUUUUGUUGUUGUUGCCAAAGAAAGAAAAAUAAUUUUGAUUUCCAAGCUUGACUUGUGGCCUCUCCCCCUCAAAGCUCUUCUCCUUCCUUUUUCAAAAAUAAUCACCAUAUUGUAAAUUUCAGUCUUUUUUUUUUUUUUAAGCUUAUUGCUCUAAUUUUGAUACGACUUUUGAAAAAAAAGAAAUGUGAAGGGUGAACUGCAACGUAUGUGGUUGGUUAUCUGUAAAAGUUGCACAGUGUGGCUUUUCCUAAACUGUUUGGUGUCCCCCACCCCAUUCGGUGGAUUUUUUUUAUUAUUAUUCAAAAACAUAACUGAAUUUUUUAAAAAGAAAAUUUAUAUCUGGAUUAAGUGUUUAUCAUAUAUAUGGGUACUUUGUGAUAUCUAAAAACUUAGAAAUGGAAAUGGAAUCCUGCUCACAAAAUCACUUUAAGAUCUUUGUUAAGCUGUCCCUUCUCCUUUUCCUGGUGUUGCUGACACUGCAGAAUUGUAUAGUACUCCCACGGGCCUGUACUAACACCGCUCAAGGUCUCUCUCUUUUGGCUUUUUGCUUUUGGGAUAUGCCAUAGGCAUGACAGACAAUCUGAGAAGUGGAAUCAUUAAGUGGGAGCAUUGCCAGCUGUCCUCUCCUUGUGUUCUAUAUGUAUUAUGUAUGUAUGUAUGUAUUAUUAUUGCUGCCAAGAGGGUCUGACGGCAUGUCAUGGGGUAGGGGGUUGGGGGUGGGGGGAACCUACAGGACGGGAAGUGCUUUAACUUUUCUUAAGGUUUUGUUGCUAGCCCUUCAAGUGCACUGAGCUAUGUGACUAAUGGUCUUUCAUGUGGCACAUUUGGAUAUUUCCAGAACUAACAUGAGAUGGUUUAAAUGGGAAUUCAUGAAAGAAAGUGAGGAUUCAGAAAUGGUGUAAUGAUCUGGUCCACGUUCUCCCAGCUCACCACCUUGGAGCACGUGGAGCUGGACUGAGGGGGAGUAGCUGGUCCUGACCAGCCCCAACCCCAUGCCCCUUCCUGGCCCAUCCUCAAAUCGCCUUGCAAGGCUGAGGUGCAGUGCCCCCACUGGCGAGCAGCAGGCAGACCUCUGGGGACGGCCCCUAGCCUCAGGCCCUCCCUGAGGUCGGCCUGUCACUUGAAGUGACUAGGUAGGAAGCACUGAAAAUAGAGUGUUCUCAGAGCACCUUGUAACUCACUGGGUAAGAGGGGCGAUACCUUUUGGUUUUUAAAUACCAAUCACAUGGAACUUUUCUGUCAUGGGUACAAUGACAAGUUUCUAGAAACACACGGCACAGCAGUCCAAGAUACAGCACAGCAGGCUAAGAAUUUGGUAAGCCUGGCUGGACUUAUUGCCAAAAACAAAUCAAAAUUUAAAUUUCAAAAGAAAUCUAAGUUAUAUGAGAAGUUACCUAGUCACUGUGUUGCCCAAAUCAUACUUGAGCACCACAGCUUUGCCCCCGCUCGGCGGCAGAACUUGAAGGGUUACCAACAUAAACGCCGGUGUUUGAUCUCCUAUGUGUGUUGCCUCAGCAUUAAGGGCAUUUUACCCUUGCAGUUUUACUAAAACACUCUGAAAAAUAUUCCAAGCUUCAAUAUUAACCUUACUUGUCAAUGUAACAAUUUCAUGAACAUUAUUAUAUUGUCAAAUUCCUACUGACAACAUUAUUACUAUACGGGAGCUUAACUUUAUAAGGAAAUGUAUUUUGACACUGAUAUCUUAUUAAAGUAUUCUGAUCCUACCACUGCUGGUGGUGCUUGUUUCCUGUGGAUUUAUCAUGGGCUACACCAAUGUAAAAGUGAAGUAUUUAUUAAAUAGUUUACAAAAAAUGAACAUUGGUACUGAUCU